AUGGAAUUGAGAGGCAUGCAUAAAUGUGCUGUUUUUCUUCUUGCAGUGAUUGCUUGCAGCCAUUUAGUCUUCUCAGUUGAGGGAAGAAAAAUUAAAUCAGUGACCAAAAGUGAUUCAAAGCAAGGCAGCAAGACUGACAACUCUGCAAUGCAGAAUGAAGGUCAUCUACCAGGAGCCCCAGCUUACAUUCCUAAUGCUACCCACCAUUCAGUAUCACGAAAGAAUGAAGUAUUGCCACCCCUUAUACCAACUAAAAGCUCAGAUUUUGGUGAUUCAGUUAGAGGGUACAAAAAUGAUUUUCGGCCCACUACAUCAGGGAACAGCCCUAGUGUUGGAGAUUCUUUUGAAGAAGAUGAUGAAAAUAUUGAACAACAACCAGGAAGCAUUAGCUCGAGUAUUGAUAAGCAUUCUAUUGCAGGAGAUAAAGAAGAUUUCCGACGUACCAACCCAGGGCACAGCCCUGGAGUUGGUCACGCUUUUCCAAGCGAAAAUUCGGAACCAAAUGCCUAG